AUGACGGCACACACCAAUACCGAAGACCUCGCUAGUCAUCUGCAAUCCGUUCUCCUCGAGCUCAACGCGAACCCCUAUCCAGAUGUCGCGUGUCCGCCAAACCUACCGAAACGCGCUUCGGUGGCGCUCAUACUGCGCAUUCAGCCAAGUUAUUCGCAUUGGCCCGACAGUGACGACAGUCCCUUACCAGCUCGACGCAGACGCUCCUCUGUCGCACAACCCAAUGCCGAGUUCGACUUCGAGGCCUCAUUAAGCAACUUCUUUUCACAAGAAUGGGUGAAGCAUGGGGACCCAGAGCUAUUGUUCAUCAAACGAGCUACACGAGUGGGCGACAAAUGGAACGGACAUGUCGCGCUACCAGGUGGAAAAAGAGACCCAGAGGACGAGGACGAUCAGGCUGCAGCUGCGAGAGAAGCCUUAGAAGAAGUCGGGAUUGAUUUGAGCCCCGAAAAUGCUAUUGCAGUCGGCAAUCUACCCCAGCGGAUUGUCACGACGAGCUGGGGUAAAGUACCACUCAUGGUAUUAUGCCCCUACAUCUACCUCCUCACCUCCCCAGCCUAUCCACAGCAACGUCUGCAGCCUACCGAAGUAGCCUCCUCACACUGGGUACCCAUUCGCGCGCUUCUUAGCCCAGCCCUCCGUACACACGAAUAUGCCGAUGUCUCGGCGCGUUUGGCAAAGUCUGAAUUGGGCAUCAAGCGCUGGUUCUUACAAGCCAUGUUGAGCAAGAUGAUGUUUGCUGCCAUACAACUCGUGCCAGCAAACUCGACGCACUGCGCAACCAUCCCAGACUUUAUACCCGUGGAAGCAGCGCCACACGGUGUGGUUAAUACUAUUAGAGAGGCAUUGGCGGGCGCUGAAGGGAGAUCAAAGGAUCGUAGGCCACCUUUGCUGCUAUGGGGAUUGACACUAGGUGUUGUGAGCGACUUCCUCGAGCACAUGCCACCGCAUAAUGCCCUGGAACUAUGGACGUACCCUACUUUCACCAACUGGGAUGUGAGAUUCGUGAUGUGGGCAAUGUCUUAUCGUUUCCGCAAGCAGAAGUCUCUGGAGAUGAGCACGGCUGUGUCUAGUAUAACAACGACGUCUCAAGACACUACCGAGUUGCCUACGCAAGACUUCCCUGGGAUUGGCAGUGAGGCGGUCGGUUCUCUUGAAGAAGAGAAGCCAGGCGAGGUCGGUAUAGCUGGCUUGGGCGUUGGCAGAGGUUGGGGACAGAGUGGGAGAGCGAAGAUGAUGGCUCGAGGAGCUGCGGUCAAUUCAAUGCUAGAAGGGUAUUAUCCGUUAGUCAGGAGAGCUGUGGCUACGGCACUAGUUGGUCGGAUAAGUGUUGUGGCUUUGGCGGCAUAUCUGACCUGGAAGAAGUUGCAUACUAGGUAG